AUGAAACUAACAGGAUGCGUGACAUGUGUGAUAGAGGGUGGAGCUCGCGGGCGGGAUCACUUGAGGAUUUCGACUUUAAAGCUACACCUAUGUCUCAGUCAAGUCCUGAAAACUACAAGCGUUGAGUUACCAGUUCCUUUAUCUGUUCUUUGAAGGACCAGACAUGAAGCCUAAGAUGUUAUAUGCCUUUAUUGUGCUAAUGUCUAUAUUUUGUUUCGGAUACGUCUCCUGGAUUGGAAAAGGGAAGACAAAUUAUCACAGAAUAAAAAAACAGAACUUGACCAAUCUGAAGGAACCAAAUUCAACAGAAUGUCAGCAGGUGGCCAAAACUCUUGUUGCUAAACCCAAAAGGUUUGCUGAGAAGGAUUAUAUUGAUCUGUUCAAGGUACUUCAGAAAUGUAGAUGGGUAAGGAACAAAAAAGAGCACAAGAAUUUGAGGUCACAGUUGGAGAAAUGUUGCAAUGCAUCUCAAAAUUUUAUUGUUACACAAGAAAAUUCACCAUUGGAAACAAACUUCAGUUAUUAUGCAGAAACUAAAAGAAUUUUUAAAGUUACACCAGAUGUUGUAGAUUUAUUUCCUAAGACAAUACCAUUUAAACAACGCAAAUAUAAGACCUGCUCCGUUGUUGGAAAUGCAGGAAUUUUAAUUAACAGUAGCUGCGGAGCUGAAGUAAAUCGCGCUGACUUUGUAUUCAGGUGCAAUCUUCCCCCUCUCACAGAUUAUGAAAAUGACGUGGGUACGAAAACAGACAUCGUGACAUGCAAUCCAACCAUCAUAAUAAAAAGGUUUCAAAAACUUGAUUUAAGGAGAAAACCAUUUAUGGACCAUUUGUCAGCAUAUAAAGAUGCAUUUAUUAUGUUGCCUGCAUUUGCUUUUUCAUUCUGUACUCAACUUUCAUUCAAAGUUCUUUAUACUCUGCAAGAUUUUGGAACAAAUCAGCAUGCAGUGUUUUUAAAUCCUUCAUAUGUAAGAUCCAUUGUUCAAUUCUGGAAAGGUGAAGGUGUAAAGGAGACUCAUCUUUCUACUGGUUUCAUAAUAUUAAGUGCAGCAUUGGAAAUGUGUGAAGAAGUUCGCUUAUAUGGAUUCUGGCCCUUCUCCAAUGAUGUGCAAGGGAAAACGCUCUUCCACCAUUACUACGACAAUAUGUUGCCGUCAAAAGCUCACUCUAUGUCUGCUGAGUUUUUCAAACUUAUGCAGCUUCACACAAAAGGAAUUGUCAAACUGCAAGUUGGUAACUGUGAAGAAGUAUGAGAUCAGUAAACUUGGAAAAUACAAAUCUUAUUAUUUUGAGAUUGUAAAGUAAAAAACU